AGCUGGAAGGCCGUUUGCUGACAGUGCCUAAUUACACAUCUGCCUGUCAACAAAGCGGCCUCCGCAGCAGGACCCGUUCUGAGGGCCGACUCGCUGGCUGGAGGCCCAAAAAACCUGAUUGCUCCGAAACAUUUCACAUCAGCAGUCCCGCUGCCAUGGAAACAAAGCCCACGACCUGGCAGGAGCAAGGUCCUUUCACUUCUCUAGUCGACAUGCAGGGUGAAACGGGUGCAAACGUGGGCCGCCAUGCUUCUCUGCAAGAAAGGAAAGCCCCCAAGGCGAUGCCUGAGGAGGACUUGGAUGCCCCGGAGCCGGGAGUCAAAGUCGAAGCUCCACAGGGAAGCUGGACGAACGAAAUAACAGAAGUGGUCGAUGUAAUCAACAUCGGAAAUCAGACAUCUGCAGGUAUUAGCCUCUGCACCCUUGGAGAGACUCAAGAGGCUGUGACAGAAAUUGAAGAAAGGCCUGAAAAGUUACCAGAAGCUAAAGAGGAAUCCAGAAAAGCAGAUAACCCUUGCGAGGAGGAUUCCCCACCUACACAGCCGCUCAGCGCCUUAUCAGCAGCAGAGUGUGGUGAGAAAGAGGGGUUCUCCAGCCUGGAGGGAGAGGUCGAGGAGGGGAUUAGUGAAGCUGAACCGACCGAAGACAGUCAAGAAAGCGCAAAGACACCCAAACUUCUUCAACCAGCUCAUCGGGACGUUUGUAUACCAUCACAGUUGGACUUAACAACAGUACUGAAUGCUGGUGAUAUUUACAAUGGUGAAACAGAAACUUCUACGUCUCCUCCUGCACGAAGCGGUCUCUCUGACCUCAACAGCUCAGAUGGCAGACCCCCUCCGGACUCCCCUCCUUUUGCUGAUGAGAGUGGAGAAGAAGAGGGAACAGGCACAGACAUGACAAACUGUCAGGAACAAUCGGGCAGACGUGAGCUGAGCUGCGUGGGUUUCCAACCUUCACGUCCUGAAAAGAGAGACUCAGCCCUGCCUGCCAAUGGCUCAGUCAGACAGGAGGAGGCAGUGUUGCCUCAAAAGCAGCCUGAGCUCAGUCCCAGGGGACUAAACCAGGAAGCUGCACAACAGGUGUUCGGUCAGGGAUCUCCACCUGGCUCGGCUGUUGCCAUGGAACCGGCCAAUCAGGGCGGGGAAGCCUCUCAGGGCUUUAGUUGCGUUGCAGCUGUAAGAGCAAGGAGCAGAAGGGCGGGGGAGAGGACGGAGGGUGGAAACGAGCAAACAGGUGGAGUGGGAGGGCAGAAUAAGAGCGGAGUUGAAAAGAGCGAGGCGGGCGUGAGGUCAGAGAGCAAAGGGCUGUUCAGGUAUCUGCGGGCAGUCCAAACGCAAGAGCUUAAGGCAGAAAGGAACAGCGGUAUACCUCUGAGAGCCGACAGCGACACCAGGAUGAGGACUGACGUGCACGAUGACAGCCAGAGCGACAGCGGCGUGUCCGCAGACUUCCACUCCUUCAGGACGCUAAACAGCAGCACCAGCAUGUCUGCAGACUCCCCCGUCUCCACAGAGACCCCCAUCGAGAGGGAGAUCAGACGGGCCAUAGAGCGCGAGCAAAGCCUCAGAAGGUCCAGGGGACUCCCAAACCAACGCUCCUCUCCAGAGUACGUAGAGGUUCCUUUAAGAAGAAGCUUUCAAAGCCAGUCUGUAGCUCCCAAGUGGUCCCAGAACAAGGACAGGGAAUUCGCAGGCAAAAAGAUGCAGCAGGAGAUCCACGAAGAGUCUAGGAGGGAACAAGAUCUGGUCAAGAUCGGGAAGAUUCCAGGCUUCUAUGACAAAGGCACGGUCCGCCAAAUAAAAGAGAGGAAACAGCUCUUUGAGACUCUGCAGAUAUCUCCAGAACUUCCACCGACGAUCUCGCCUAAAAGUAAGACCCCGUCCUGGUCGUCUACCAGCAGUGAAGAUCUGAAUAUAACUCUGGAGAGCCAAGACGAAUCCGGGACAUCCACUCCAGAACAUACCUACGCAGACAGGAAGCCCACAACGUUGAAUUCCUCACGGAGCCAAACCUCUGCCAAAGGUUUAGACCAGUCCAGUCUGCGAGGGCCAAGGUUCUCAGAGGGGAGCGGUUGUCAGAUCAUCAUCCUGGAAAACAGCCUAACCGUUCCAGCACAGAAGCACUACAAAGCCAAAGCACAGGCGGAGGCCAUUGCAGCUACUGACGCUAAAAACAGCUUCCACUCGUCAGACAAGGCAAGAGGACACGAUGGGCUGAUGAAGGCGGUGAAGGAACAGGAGGGGAAGCCGGGGGCAGUAUCCAAGGAGAACCCCUUUUUUAAGCUGCGUUCUUCCACUAAUUUAGACAAAGUGAAGCAGGAUAUUCAGGAGGCCAAAGACAGGGAGAAGGAGCUCCACACCUUACGGCUCAGCCUGUAUGGGGGCAUCAAUGCCACUGAAGCUACCUCAAAGAAAGAGAAUCCAGUUCCUGGGCCUCUAUCCAAUGGUAGAAGUGGAACAUAUGAAGGGCGGCAGUCAGCGGACCAGGUGUCUGCGCGGCCGUCUGUCCAGACCGAAGAGGAAAGGAUUCUCCACCCAGAGAUCCACAAGAGUCCCCGAACUCCAAGACAAAAGAAUCCUCUGGUGCAACUGUGGGAGUCAGGCCUGGUCAACAGCUACAACCUGGAAGACGACUGAGGAUCAGGGAGACCUGGGAUUUAUUUAAUUAGGGGGUGAAAUCAAAAACGAAAAUAAUGCGUGUGAAGGGAGGAGGAAACAUGAAGCAGGAGGGAGUAACAAAGACAAAGAGGAACGAGCACGAAGCAAAAUCAGAAAGAGGUCGAGGAUUCAGGCAGGAAAACGGGGCCAGGCGGACUGGGAGCAAGAAAAAUGGCAGCGGAAUGAAAAACACUGACGUUUUCUUCAGAGAAGAGGAGAGAAGAAAGACUGAGACAGGCCACGAUGUAGAACGCAAGAUCUCUUGGACUGCUUCUGAUGCUGCAAAGACAAAAAGAAAAAAAGAUAUAUUGCUUAAAGAAAAGAUGAGGAUGAUGAAUAAUGAAAUGGAGACCAGAACAUUUAUAAGAAAGCUUUUUAAGUUUUGAAAUCAUGUUGAAGUUCUUUUUUAUUUUGAUUUUCUUAAUUAAUAAUAGAAUAAUAUAUUUUGAUUUGAAAAGUUAUAAUCUGAAUUUUGCAAAUGAUGUACAAGGAAACUGUAUCUAUUACUAAUUCCCAGCUCAUAUUUAAAAAAAAAAGAAAUGAAACAAACACC